CGACCCGUCAUCGGUCUAGACACGCGCCGUCAAGGUUCUUUUUCCUCUGGACAAUUGCCACUGCUUGAGCUCAGCUUCUGUUUACCAUCUUAAUUCAUCUUUGCGACAUCCCCUCGAGGCGGGUAUAACCGAUACCACCGAUACCGCAUCGCAUAACCCCAAUUACCAACAGAACUCGCCCACCAACACCAUGGACGUCUCCCAGGAAACCUCAAGCCUCGACAAAACGUCUCUAGCCACCAUCUCCCUCCUCGAAUCCCGUCUCCGGCGGAUCGAGCACAUCCUCUACGGCCCCUCCGACCCUCCAACGCAAGCGCCCUCUUCCUCCGCAACGACCUCUCUUGCCCAGCUUGAACACCGCUUCAAUCUGCUCAUUCGGCGCUUUCGCGUGUACGCCGAGCUGCUUAAAAUUCACAAAGCCAACCCCACACUCUUCCACACCUCCCCCUCGGCCGAUCAAAAGCUCCCACCAACGGACCUCCCGCCUGCUGCCAUUCUCGCGACAGUCCUUUCCUACGCCUCCCAGUUUCCCCAGACCGCGUCCGCCCUAGUUGCAGCCGCCCCAGCCAACACCAUUGAAUCCGCGAUUCCCGACAGCAAACUCUCGGCCGAGUUGGCGAGCUUGAUACCCCGGAUGAAGGGACUGGAGGCCAUGCAGUUGGCGCAAGAGGCGGAAAUAGCGGAGCUCAGGGAGAGGAGCGAAGCCGUGAUGAAGGCAUGGUAUGAGAAGAGGGUGCUGGGGUACGGCAAGUUUGUGGCGGAGGGUGAAGCGAGGGUGGAAAAGUGCGAAUUGAGGGUAAGGAGAGCGGAGAGGGUGAGGGAGAUGGACGCCGCUAUAGAGUGAGAAGGCAAAGAGGAGGUUCGAGACAAGAUUAUGCGAUACAUGGCUAGUGAAGCGGAGGAGCAUGGAUUUUGGCUUGCGGGAAACAAAACUCACACGGAAGCCAUUUUACCGCCGCUAGAGAACGGCGUCACGAUUGAUCAACAGGUUAGGCGACCGCGAACAAAUCACUGGGGUUGUGCGUAUGGAAUACGACACGCCGUUGGUAGCGCGCGUGCACUUUACGAAGUGUGAAGAGCAGAUCAACAGUGGUUGGCACAUUCGUACGAGAACAAUGCUAGUGACCAAGGGAAUGGGGCAGAUGUCAUUGCGCGGCAGAUAUCACGCGACAGAUGCGCGGGAGUCGGGCGUCAUCUUUGGCCCACUGGAAUGUUCAGCCGAUAUCAACACUCUGCUCGCCGUUAGCACCGACAAAAACCAGAUCGACGGUGCUGUGGUAGCGCUCUAUCUGGAAUGAGAAUUCACGGGAGAGGCUUUUUACAAACGUCACAAACACGCUUGAUAGCCGGCAGUGAUUGUUUGGCUCCUGCAGAUGGGAUUCCGAAACGAACGGCGUUGCCCUAGAACUCACGCGGCGAGCCUAAAGCCCCUGCCUGCAUGCUGCAUGGGUGUGGAUUCGUGGCAUGGUGAAUCCGUCUCUCUGUUGACAUUUUCUGCCCGUCACCGAGCUCAGCUGAGUGAUGUCGCAUGGUAGCCAGCUCUCAGCCUAUCAUUUACAGUCGGUCACGAUGUUUCUGGACGACCUAGCAAUGAGUGAAUGGAGCACAGACGCAAG